GCUGUUAUCUUAUUUAAAUUACAAUGAUAACAACUGCGUAUCUUACUUCAGUUUAUAAUCAACUAGAUAGGACAACGAUAAAAUGAUGCAGAUCAAGUUAAAAAUCUUUUCCGUAACCAGAAGAUAUUGCGUGCAUUUAUAAACAGAAUUUAAAUAUAAUAGUAAUUUAUUAUUAUUUAUUAAACAAGUGAUAUUUAGUUCUAGUCAAAAUAUUUAUUUUAUUAAGAAAAUAUGGAAAAUAACGACCCUGAAGCGAAACUUGCCGAGAACUCGGAAAGUAAUGAAGUAACUAUCGAUGAAGGCGACAAUAAUGAAAAAAAUGGCAAAACGAUAACCCACGAAUACCUGGACUACCAACCCUCAGGGUGGCUGGAGACCACUCUCAUGAGGGUCGGUAACUCCACAGAUGACUUUUUCAAGGAGAACCGAUCAGUUGUCAAAACUGUCACGCUGUUCGUCAUCAAUGGAGCUGUGUUGGGAUUCUUCUUCGGAUGUCUAUAUUAUUGGUUAAAUUAUAGUACUGAUCCCUUAGAACUGUGUCACGGUUUCGGCAGCCUCAUAGCUUUUCUGAGUAUAAUCUACUUCUUCAUCAUAUACUUCACGGUGGUGAAGAGGUAUUUCGGCGUAUGGUUCGAGAGAGUCGUGUGGCUUAAGGUUGAAAACGCCUUUGAGAAGCUAUGGGGAAUGACUUGGUUCCGCUGGUGCUUGUGCCUGGUGAUCCUGGGCGCGAUAGGUCUGUACCUGUACCUGGACGCGCGUCACGACCCGGAGCGUCUCAUCUCAUUGUUAGGACUCUCUAUUAUAUUGAUUUUAGGUUUUGUGUUUUCCGCGAACCCUGGACGAGUGAACUGGCGCACCGUGUCCACGGGGCUGCUCAUCCAGUUCGUGUUCGGAGUUCUCUUCAUCAGAUGGACUCCUGGCAGGGUCGCGCUGCAGUGCUUCUCUGAUAAGGUAGCAACGUUCCUCUCGUAUGGUGUGGAGGGAGCAGCAUUCGCGUUCGGAGACCUGCUCGUCAGGACUGAGGGAGUCUUCGCGUUCAGUACGCUACCAGUAAUCUUCUUCUUCAGCAUGCUGGUGGAGAUGCUGUUCUUCUGGGGGGCGCUGCAGUGGUUCUGUCUGAAGCUGGGGCUGGUGCUUCGCGCGGCUACCGGCACCACGGUCUGCGAGAGUGUCAUCGCUGUUGGCAAUGUGUUCUUGGGGAUGACAGAGUCAGUAUUGUUGGUGAAACCGUACCUGCCUCUCCAGACACCUUCUGAACUGCAUGUUGUGAUGUCUUCGGGAUUCGCUACUGUCUCAGGUACAAUCCUAGCCUCCUACAUCGGUUUCGGCGCGGAACCGGCUCACCUGGUCACCGCUAGUGUGAUGUCAGCCCCUGCCGCGAUCUGCUUCUCCAAGCUGCUGAUGCCGGAGACCAAGAGGUCGCUGACCACGGUGGAUAAUAUACAGCCUGUUGAGUGCGAAGACCAGUCAGUUCUCUCAGCGGCCACCAGAGGCGCCACCAACGGCAUUGCUUUAAUCCUGAACAUUGUAGCUAAUAUAAUAGCCUUUGUGGCUUUCAUAGCCUUCAUUAACGGAGUCCUGGGCUAUUGCGGGGGACUGUUGGGCAACCCUGAUAUUAACCUGGAGUGGAUACUGGGAAAAGUGUUCAUACCUCUCUCUUGGGUGAUGGGAGUGCCGUGGGAGGAGUGUGAGCUGGUGGGUUCUCUGAUCGGCUUGAAGACAGUCGUCAACGAGUUCGUGGCGUACCAGCGGAUGGGAGAGAUGAAGAGAGAAGGACUGCUAUCGCCUCGAGCAGAGUUAAUAGCGACGUAUUCGCUCUGCGGGUUCACGAACCCCGCGUCAGCUGGCAUCAUGAUCGGCGCCAUUGCUGCCAUGGCGCCAAACCAGAGAGAAGUGCUCUCUAGUAUAGCCGUAAGAGCAUUCUUCGCUGGCUGCGGUAUUUGUUUCAUGACCGCGUGCAUAGCAGGUCUAUUGAUGCCAGAGAACGCGUUCGGUUAAAAAGUGAUAUUUAUUUAUUUUAUUAUAAUAUUAACUUAAGUAAAGUACUUAAUUUUAUAUGUACAGUUGUUAUUUAUUAAAAAAAUAAACAUUUCCUAACAAACUUAAA